AAGACGGAGCAUCCUUCUAUUGUGCAUAUUCCUCCCAAAGAGCCACAUGGUAUACACAUCCAACAAGUUCUCAUCACAACAUACAUAAACACAAACAAACAAACACAGACAACAUCCGACCAUCACACCGAAACAGACACAACACAACCCAGUCUAGCAAGUAUUGAUCAUGAUCUUAUCAUAAGCAUAGCCCGGAUCAGUAACAAUGCAGUACGGCAGCCAAUCCACAUUGCCGAUGGCCGUGUCAUAGCAGCUCUGGCCGUACUGGCACAUGUGCACGCCGCAGGCAUCCGUGCCACCGGUAAUCAUGGCGCCCUUGAAGAUCACGCCCUGCUGGAACACCUGCCAGCCCGUGCCGCCCUCGUACGUGAGCGUCUCUUUGACGAUCUCGUUCUGGCAGUUCGAGUCCGAGUACAGGCUGAACUGGAUGGUUUGCGAGGCGGCCUGGGCGCCUGUGGCGGCGAGGAGGCCGCCGAGGGUGAGGGUUUUGAGGAGGGUGGACAUUUUGGUUGGUUGAGGGGUUGGAUCUAUGGGAUUUCGUGUCAGAAGGGUUGUAUAGGAAGGAUGGAAUUAAGUGCCGUCGAGGUCCUACUUAUACACGGCCAGCUUCUGCAGCGUUGCAUGGUGGUGGAUGAUCGUCUUCUUCAUGACCGCUUUUGUCCAGCAAUGUAUGCUCCGCUAAUACUAUAGUCGGGCUUGGGACUUUCUAUAGCGGGACUGAAGCAGUCGUGACCUCGUAUCCGCUGGGGCCGCUCAGGAGGAUAGGGCUCGGCGCCACAGCCGACUCCCAGGCUGGCUGUCCCAUGGAACGGUAGCAUACCUUGACGAGUUAACUAUUGCGCAGGUCUUUCGACUGAGUGGAUGAACUCACUGCCCACACUGCUAGGAAAAUAAUCACUCCUUAUCCAUCCACGCGCGGCUGAGGCAUAAAAAUAUACUGCUGCACGACAGGAGCAGACUCUU